AAACAUGCCACUCAGGAAUUGAAACUUUCUGUUCAUGCACAAAUAAUGUGCAUUUUACAUAUCUGCAAGGAGGUACAGAAAUGCAGACAUAUAACAACUAACAUCUAUUUUCUUAAAAUGUUUUCUGUAAAAACAAAACAGAAAAAUAAAGCAUACUAACUAGUGUAAUGUAUAAUCAUUUCAGAAUUAGGUAAGUAAAACAUACAGUAUCAUUUAAAAUCAAUAUAACAAGCACUUAUAUUAUUUUUUUAAUUUUAUAUAUGUAGGCAAGUGCUUGAGGGAGGAUGUUUGAUCCAAUUCAAACUCUCCUGUUUUUCCAGGAGUCUAUACCCUCAAUAGGCCUUCAACAAAAUUGGAUACUCACAGCACUAAUAUUUGCUGUGUUUUUAACCGUUAAAACAGAUCUAGUAGAUUAUACCCUAGCCUAAGCAAGGUUUCAUAACAAUACUGUGUUUUUUAAAGGAUGUGGCAUGUAAGAUCCGCCCAGAACUACAGAAGAUUUUUACUUUCGAUACUCCGCAGAUGUUGAAAACAAGGAUCGGCCAGUAUAUGAAGCUGCCCAAGAAGAAGUAGCGGAAUAGACCACGUAUGUGGUCUAUAUGAUGGUAGUUGGGUGUCAGAUUUUUCCCUUUUUUAUUUUUUUUUCGAGGUUAUGCUUUAAUAAUGUAAACCGUUAAACGCAAAGCGGUGCUAUGGAUUUAAACGUCAGAUGACGCCGAAGUGCUUCUUUUGCUGUGCUACAGUAUGUGUACGACAGGGCUUAUCAAGUUUCCUCAAACAAGCCCAGUAUCUUUCCAAGGGCCCUGUAAAGACGUACAAUUCCAAGGGCCCUCAUUGUGCCACUCCUGUCCAUUCUCACCAUAAUACCUUAUUAAAUUGAUCUCAUUAUGGCUGCAAGGGUUUCACAACCCCAAAGAUUUGCAUAAUUGAGCAGCUGUCAAUAACAUGCUGUAUUUUAUGUAAUUUCAGAGACAGUUUCAUCUACAACAUUGUUUUUAAGACAACUUUUUUUAAAUGCUUGACAGGGCUGAAGCAGUCUUCUAAGAAGACGCAAAGGACCUUUCAAAGGACCCAUUUUCUGUGUCUCCUGUGUGCAGCUACCAUCAUUAUCAUCAUUAUUUGCGUAUGUUUGAAAAAUAACAAAACAGCACCAGCUAAGAUUAUUUACCCUAACAUAAGAACUGAUAAGAAUACCAGAAUUCCACAACACAAUGAUUAUCUAAGCACAGGUAAACACUCAACCUUUAAAAAUGGCAUGAACAAUAAGGUAAAAAUAAUUCAGCAUCAGUAUAACAUAGCUAAUAACAUUACCACAACAGGGUCCAACGAUUCUACCAACACAGAUAAACCUUCAAAUACUGAGCCACUAUUAAUGGUAUGUGAUGUGCCAGUGCAGAGUGGCCCAGUGAUUAAAGUUGGUGAACACAAAACAUAUGUGAUUGGCUCGUAUGUGGAGCACCGCUUAGAGGUGAGAAAGAUAAAAACAGUUGCAAUAGUGCUUCGUAGUGAGAAAUUGGAUUAUUACUGCUUGUUCUGCUGCGAUGGGAAGAACAUUUCUAUACCUGCUGUAUAUGACAUUCACUCUGAUCACUUUAAUUUUGAGUACGGCACAGCUGACAUUGUCUGUGAAAUGCCUACAACAUGCAAAACACAAUUGCAUGUGGCUAUUACUGCCAAAUCGCAGGAAAAGUCUGAAUCUGUUGAUAAUAUACAAUCCUUCCAACCGAUUAGGAAUCAACAGCCCAGGAAGAUUUUUCCAUACAACUUUACUGUUUGCAUUUCUGUCAUGUUUGACUGGAACAACGUGUUAGAGCUUGUUCAGACUAUGGAGAUGUUCAAAAUACUUGAUGUGCAGAAGGUGGCUGUUUACAAAACAAACUGCAGUUCUACUACACAGAAGAUCCUGGAUUACUAUGUCAAAAAGGAUUUUGUAGAGAUCAUCCCCUGGGCUGUGCCAGAUCACAUCAGAGUAUCCAGAGGGUGGCAGAAGUGGGCCUCACCAGGGGAGCUGCAUUAUUUUGGGCAAAUCGCUGCACUUAAUGACUGUGUAUAUCGCUACAUGUACCAGAGUGAGUAUGUAGCUUUACAAGACUUGGAUGAACUUAUUAUUCCUAUGAAUGGAAUAACCUGGACAGAACUCCUGCCUCAACUCCAGAAAAUAUAUAGUAAUUAUGCAGGUUUUGAGUUUGAGAGUAACGUGUUUCCUCUUUCGAUCAAGCAGUGGGAACUGAACUUUCACCCAGAUUUAUGGAAUAAAGUCCCGGGAGUUAACAUAUUACAACAUGUCAAAAGGAUGAGAAAUGACCCCAGUAAGUUCAAUGAUUUCAAGAUUAUUGUGAAUCCUCGAUUAGUGUUCAAGGUUACAGUGCAUGGCCUUCUGGAAUCUUUGGGUGGUACUGUCAGGGUGGAUCAUAACAUGACGCGUAUGUACCACAUGAGAAAUGUUUCAAGUAGUGACUUGUCAGAGGGUUUACUCAUAGAGGAUACACAUCUCUGGGACUUUGCAGACAGGUUGAUUCCUGCUGUUUCUGAAGUGCUCCAACACGUGCUGAAUAUUCAUUGAAGUGUCUAUGCUUGAAUGUUAGUAUAUGCUAGGCUAAGUUUAUGAAUGGUUCAGAAUGGUUAGUGGUGAAAUGAAAAUAACAUAUUAUUUUGAAAAUAUAA